GCUGUACCGACCAACUCUCCCCUCCACCACAACCACCACCACACCGCCAAAAUGGCCGCUUCAUCCCGCGCAGUUUCCAAGCUCGACUGGAGCAAGGUCGGCACCCAACUCGGCCUCCGAGGCAGCACGGCGACGGCCCUGGCCAACUUCAAGAAGCGAAACGACGACGCCCGACGCCGGGUGCAGGUCUUGUCGGAGCAACCCACGACGGUCGACUUCGGCCACUACCGCAGCGUGCUCGCGAACACGGCCGUCAUCGACGAGAUCGAGCAGCACUUCAAGUCGUUCCAGCCCAAAACCUACGACGUGAGCAAGCAGAUCAAGGCCAUCGAGAGCUUCGAGCAGGUCGCCAUCAAGAACGCCGAGGAGACAAAGUCCAAGGUCGAGGUUGAGCUGAAGAGCCUGGAGAAGGCCCUGAACGACAUCGAGGGCGCGAGACCCUGGGAGGAGCUCACCGUCGACGAGAUCACCGCCGCCGCCCCCGAAAUCGACGAGUACACGGCCCGUUUGGUCAAGAAGGGACGAUGGAUGCCUCCUGGAUACUUGGAGAAAUUCCCCAACUUGUCGGUGCUGUAAGAAGAAGUGGUUUCCUUUCCAAAUGCUAUGUCAAACAAAGAAGAAGAAAAAGAUGGCGUGCGGUAGCAAGGGCUUUUCGACCAGCAAGAAAACCCCUCAUCUUUCAAUCCUCAUGGACUUGGGACUUGGGGAAUUUGUGUAUAGUGAUUUAGAUCCGACAAGAAUUGUUCCAAAAACAAAACACAUUCUACACUGGCAUUGCCAUCGCACCUACACUUGCCUUAUUUCGUGCCUGCAGACUUCAUCUCUCGUUUCGAUUCAGACAGUGCUUCGACUUGGAGUAGGAAGGACACC